AUGCACCCAUCUACCGUAAUCUCCUUCGCGUUCACACUCCUUUAUGGAAUUGACAAGACUGAAGGUGGUAUAAGGUUACGUCGCUUCGCGUACGGUAUGCAUCGACCUCCACCACCAGUAGAUCUCGAAGGCACACCUUUUCAACGCGAGACGACGAUUUAUUUAGUCUAUGGAAGUCCAUCUGUGACUCACAGACGAGGUCCCAUGACUACAUCAUGGGAACAUUCACACUCCUACUCUACGCGUGGUUCAAGUGCUCCUAGAUACGGAUCACAAGGAUACAACCCCUCAGGUGGUAGCUAUCAGCGUCCAAUUUCUAGCUAUAGCAGGCCCUACGAAGAAAAUCGCCCUGUUUCUGGCUAUCAACGCCCUGUUUCUAGCUAUGAACGUCCUGCUUCUGGCUAUGAACGCCCUGUUUCUAGCUAUGAACGCCCUGUUUCCAGCUACGCUAGACCGCUUCCUUACGACAAUCCUCCUGUGCAACAGCAGAGCCAAACCGGACCCACACAACAACAAGUAGCACCUAGCAUUCCCACUGAAGAAGUUAGUAAUGGCGGUUCGAUUCCUGAACCUCCACCAUCAGAAAACCCGAAUGGCUUUCCCGGAUCACAAGAACAAGUCCAACCCAACGUAAAUGGUCCUGCUCCACCCACAGAAGGCCAGAUAAACUAUCCUGAGGAGGUCCAAGAAUCUGGAGGAUCUGCUCAACAAGGAAACUCUAGUGCUGGCGGUAUGGUUCCACCUGCUCCACCUACGGAUGAUCAGAUAAAUAAUCCUGAACAGGCUCAGGAAUCUGGAGGGUCUGCUCAACCAGGAAAACUUAUUGUUGACAUAGCUCCGCCGGCUCGACCCACAGAAGAACAGAUUCGAGGUCCAAGACAAGAUAAUUUCGGCACUGCGCAGGGUCCUUUCAAUCCUUCACAGCCUUUAAAAAAACCUACAGGCAUGCCCGGAUCGUUAGUUGGGUAG